AGACCACGCAUGCGCGGUGUCGGGCUUCAUUGGCAAUGCUCGUCCGAGUCUCCGGACUGAAAAGAUUUAUUUCGGGACAAGCGAGGCAGCGCCACAAUUUACUAGAGGAUUAUGUCAGUUGCCUUUGCGGAUGAGCGUACGUCUCACCAAGUUAGCUAUCGUGCAAGGUCACACUGAGACCAAAUGUCCAGGUAGCUGAAGCUAUUCACUGUUUUGUUUGUUCCGCCCCAGUAAUAAUUAUGUGGAGUGGGAUUUUACCAUUUACUGGAAGGCGACGCCUGGAUAAAGAAGCGCGACCGACUGUUAAAAACCCUUCGGCGAGUUAUUCUGGAAAGUUUAAAAAAAACAUGGUUUACAAAUUGCGUUCUCGUUGUUUCCCAACAAUCUGGGUGCUGUGUCUGCUGUCCGAGCUGUCCGACUGUGCUGGAGGUUCGGCCUCCCAGAGCUCACAGUUCAGCUCUUAUGAAGUGACCGUUCCAACACGCAUCAGCAGGAUCAGGAGAGAACAGGACCGGCCCGCCUCCCACAAGGUUUCCUAUGUAAUCCCAGCUCUGGGAAAAGAACAUGUUGUCAUUUUGGAGAAGAAUGAUCUGCUCCUGCCGGACGAUUUCACGGUGUAUUCCUACGCCAAGGAUGGCUCACUGGUCACAGAAAGGCCUGACAUGAAGGGACACUGUCAUUACCGUGGUUACGUAGAGGGCGCAGGAGAUUCCUCCGUCGCUCUGAGUGUCUGCUCUGGCCUGCGAGGCGUGGUCCACAUGGAGAACUCUAGUUUCGGCAUUGAACCUCUGGAUGGCUCGCCGGCUAACGAGCACUUGGUUUACCGUCUGGAGGAUGUCAAGGCAGAGCCUUUUACUUGUGGAACACCCCGAUCUGGUUACCAUGAUGACCAAGCAUCAGCUGGGCACCUGGAGGAGAGCCACACCCACAACAUUACACCAGGUCAAUCUGUCAGUCAUCUGAUCAGGAAAAAACGGGCUGUCCUGCACCAAACCCAUUAUGUGGAGCUGCUGUUUGUGGUCGACAGUGAUAGGUUUGACUUUACAAACAGGAAUCAGACAGCAGUGCGAGAAGAGAUGGUUCAGCUUGCCAACUACGUUGAUAGUAUGUAUAUACCCCUGAACAUCCGAGUUGUUCUGGUGGGCCUGGAGAUCUGGUCGGCGGGGAACCCCAUCAAUACGGAUGGCAGUGCUGGUGAGGUGCUCGGCCGCUUCACCCAAUGGAGGGAGAAGGAGCUGGUACCCCGCCGUCGCCAUGACAGCGCCCAGCUCAUCCUGAAUAAAAGUUUUGGGGGCACGGCAGGGAUGGCGUUUGUGGGGACAGCCUGUUCCAGAAGUCAUGGGGGUGGAAUCAAUGCGUUCACCAAUAAAAACAUAGUGUCCUUUGCCUCCAUCGUGGCCCAUGAGCUGGGCCAUAACCUGGGGAUGAACCACGACGAUGGAAGGCAGUGUGGAUGUGACGUGAACCUCUGCAUCAUGAACUCAGGAGCAACUGGAUCAUGGAACUUCAGUAGUUGCAGUGCAGAUGAUUUUGAGAAGAUGAUCCUGAACUCAGGCGGCAGCUGUCUGCUUAACAUCCCGCGACCUGACGAGGCCUACAGCGCCCCCUACUGUGGCAACAAGCUGGUGGACAUCGGCGAGGAGUGCGACUGCGGCUCAGAGGAAGAAUGUGAGAAAGACCCCUGCUGUGAGCCCAAGACAUGUAAGCUCCGAGCCAGAGCUGAGUGUGCUUAUGGAGUCUGCUGCAAGCACUGCAGGUUCCUUCCUGCUGGCUCUGUAUGCAGGAGCAGUACUGAUGAGUGUGAUCUACCAGAGUACUGUAACGGCUCCUCUGCUCUGUGUCAGGCUGACGUUUUCAAACAGAACGGCCAUCCGUGCCAACAAGGCCAAGCCUACUGCUACAACGGCCAGUGCCAGAACUAUGACGGCCAGUGUCAGGCCAUAUUUGGUUCCAAGGCGAAAGCUGCUCCUGAGACGUGUUUUAAGGAUGUAAACUCUAAAGGUGACCGCUUUGGAAACUGUGGCUACCAGAACUAUGGUUUCAAGAAGUGUGAGAGCAGGAAUGCUAUGUGUGGGAAGCUCCAGUGUGAAAAUGUCCAGAUGAAUGUGAUAUUUGGCAUCAAGCCCUCCAUCAUCCAGACCCCUAUCGGGGGUACCAUCUGCUGGGGAGUGGACUUCCUCCUUGGCUCCGAUGUUCCCGACCCCGGCAUGGUCAACGAGGGCACCAAGUGCGGCGAGAACAAGGUUUGCUUAAACUAUGAGUGCAGAAGCGCAGAUGUGCUGAAUUAUGACUGCGAGGUGAAGAAGAAAUGCCACGGCCAUGGGGUGUGUAACAGCAAUAAGAACUGCCACUGUGAGAACGGCUGGGCUCCUCCGUUUUGUGAGGCAGUAGGCUACGGUGGAAGCAUGGACAGUGGACCCACCUGGAAUGAUAAAGACACGUCUACGCGGGAUGGCCUCCUGGUGUUCUUUUUCCUGGUUCUUCCUCUCCUGGCUUUGGGCCUCUUCGUUUUCUUCAGGAGGAAUGAACUGCAGCGCCGGUUCUGCAGGCGGAAACGCUCUCAGGGUUACCAAGCGGAUAGCAGCAACAGCCGGACCCCUGCAAAUCAGCGUGGAAACCCCAACAUAGUAAGAGAAGGACAUCAGGCUCAGUUACUACCACCUGAGGAGAUGGCUCACCCGAGCAGUACCUCGUCGGCGCCACAGUACACCACCAAACCACCACGCCCUGCGUUUGCACGACCACCCCCUCCUGCUCCUGUGCCUCAAAGACCAGCUCCGCCUCCCCCUGUAUAACGCAUGACACACACAUCCAGCUGGACAUGUGUGCAAGUGUGUGUGCGCGCGUGUGUAUAAUGUGAGGUGGAGGAGGGGCGUGUUGAGGAGGAAUCAGCUGCUCACGUCACACUGCCUGUCCCUAACAGCUCCACCCCCAAAAUGUCACCGCCCCCCUGAGCUUUGGAACAGUUGCUACCUGUCAGUCAAACAGCAGCUAGGCUUAAGACAUGGCCACUGUUCCAAGAGGAACCUCCAACUGCAGUUCGUCAUAGAACACGGCAGGACAUGAUGAGCCUUAGCCAAUGGGAUGGGUUCCUUUGUCUCUGAGAGGUUUCUAUGGCAAGAGCUGAGUCCCUUAAUUCUAUUAUGACUAUGGGCUGAAAAAUACUAAAACAAAAAACCAGGACCACUGCAACUAAAUGCACUUCACUCAUAUUCUCUGUGUAUAUGAAUGUAUAGAGGCCUGCAUAACUGUCUUAGACCCUUUUUUUACUGAGGGUUGGCAACUGAUGACCAUCACUGGGAAUUGUUUUGUUGUUGUUUUAGUUAAUCAUGAGUCAGUGCUAUAGACUGCAACAAGCAUGGUUGCCUAGGGAAGAUGACACGCCAAUGCGAUCUUUUAUUUUAGAAAGUGCAUAAGGUUUUAUUUCAGGCACAUGAAAUUAUAUGGAAAUAAUAUAUUAAUUCCGAUAAGGCAUCUGAAAUUAAAGUAAUCAAAGUUACAGAUUACGUUUGGUAUUAGUUUUUUGGGGUUUCAGGCAUAGGCUUCAGUCACACUGUGGACCAUCACUGCUGUGUUCAGGCUUUUGAAUGUCAAAGUUCAAAAACUGCAAUACACAGAGAACUUUAUCUCAGUGAGUUUGUUACACACUAGACACUAUCUGUGUUCCUAGCCAGCAUUAGCAGUGUUUGUGCGUGUUUUGUGACUGUUCAGUCAAGUGACUUUGGUAUAACUAACAUCCGUACAUGACUGUCACAUUUAUGUAGGUUAUGUAGCUUUAUUUACAAAUCUUAUUUUCUUUUAUACUUAAUUUGCCAAGUUAGAUAUAAUAUUGCCCAUUUUUAAUUAUUUUUGUCGAUUUUAUUUGAUAAGGUUAUUGUAAUGUGACCUUGAAUUUAUUUUUAAGAAACCACUUAAAUCAUGCUGUAUCUUGGACAUUUGCAAGGGCUAUGUGACGUUGUGCAUGAUAAUACUGACUAUGCCAGGUGUAAAAGCCAAUCAGGUUCGAUGAGGUCAAAGGCGGGUUCACAACCAAUAAUGCAAUAUUCUUAGUGUGGGUUAGAGGGGGACCUGUUCGAGUUACAGCCUAAGAAACGGUUCCAGUGUGUUCCAAAUAUGCAUGUUUAUCACUCGAUGGAAAUGCAGUCCAAACUGUGUUAUGUACAUGAAUUUCUUUUUAAAAAAUUGUCAACAAAUCAUUGAGAAGCUGAGUGAAGUGUUAUAUAGAUAGUAUGUCUAGAAAAACACGAGUACUCUAUAACUUUUGGUUGGUGUGACAAUGUAGUUUCCAUAUAACUGAAUUAUUUGCGAGAAUGUGUUUCAAUUAAUGUAUGUCAGUGUAUUGAAGCCUAAGUUACUGAUCUUUUAUAGCUAAUCUGUGAAUGAUUUGAUUGAUCAAAACAUUGAUAUUUUUUUUAACCUGUUUUUUUUUUUCCUCCUUCUUCCUACUAUGAUCUUUAGUCUGAUUGCACUGUGUUUCAGAUUCUUCAGGUCUUUGUGUUGCUUGAGGUACACGUUGCCCUUUGAUCUAGAAGCAAAUAAGGAGCAACCUCUAGAAGCAUCUAUAAUGUACAUGAUUGAUUACUGAGAUAUAGUGUUUCACAGUUUUCAGAGGACGGGACUCAAGGGUCUCUGGGCUGUUUGUAAUGUGUUGAUGAUGAUGUUGGCAUUGCAUUAAAAACAAAUGCAAUAAAAGUCACUUCUGUUUCCAGACGGAA